CGUGUGUUAUAUGAGCGCGACGGCACCAGAAAUGUAUAUCUCGUUUCUCCGUCUUGCUCCUCGGCAACAUAUAUUUCGAAGCAGCUGAAAGCGAGAUCAAGCCGGUCGCAUCGCCCCCACACAAUUGUUGAACCAACAUCCAAUCACCAUGGUUGCUGCGAAGCGCGUUGCCGUGAUCGGGACAGGCCCGGCCGGCGCCAUCGCCAUUGAUGCGCUGGCGAAAGAAAAGGCAUUUGAUAUUAUCCGUGUCUUCGAGAGACGCGAAGGUCCCGGAGGAUGCUGGAUAGGAGACCCAACGCCACCGUUGGCCGGAGAGGACGGGAAUCUCGAUCUGCUAUCAUUGGGGGAAAGGACUGCGGACCGGCCCGUCCCCAUUCCUGAAAGGUUGCCGGCACAGACACCCAGAUCUGACCGGCCCAGAUUCACGGAGUCGUCCAUCUACCCGUAUUUGGAGACCAACAUCGACGCCGUAACAAUGGAAUUUAACCAGGAACCCAUCCCGGUGGAGAGGACGGCCCGCUCUGUCUCUAUACACGGGACCGACACGCCGUUCAGGCAUUGGACCGUCAUCCGGCGGUACAUCGAGGGCCUGAUCCAACGCCGAGGAUACCAGGACCUUGUCUCCUACAACACGACGGUGGAGAGAGCCGAGAAGAUUGGCAACGAGUGGAAGCUUACUUUGAGGAGGAAAGGCCGGGAGACGGACUACUGGUGGAGCGAGUAUUUCGACGCUGUAGUGGUCGCUAGCGGCCAUUACUCGGUGCCAUAUAUUCCUCUUAUCGAGGGCUUGGCAGAGUUCGCAAAGGAGAGGCCUGGAAGUGUCAUCCACAGCAAGCACUUUCGCGGUCGAGACGCUUUCAGGGAUAAGCGGGUUAUCGUAGUAGGCGCGUCGGUAUCGGCUGCAGAUAUCGCCGUGGACUUGGUACCGUCGGCCGAAACCCCAGUCCACGCCGUCGUGAUCGGCCACAACGCCAACAUCUACUUCGGUGACGAGGCCUUUCAGCACCCGAAAAUCCAGAAACAUCCCUCGAUAACUCGGAUCACGGGGCGCACGGUUCACUUUGCCGACGAGAGCUCGGUGGCGGACAUUGACCACAUCAUUUUCGGGACGGGCUACACCUGGACUCUGCCCUUCUUGCCUGACGUCAAGGUUGCCAACAAUCGCGUGCAAGGCCUGUACCAGCACGUGGUAUACCGCGAGGACCCGAGUCUAGUGUUCGUCGGAGCGGUCAACGCGGGCCUCACAUUCAAGAUAUUCGAGUGGCAGGCGGUCCUAGCGGCGCGAGUAUUGGCCGGGAGAGCCAAGCUGCCCCCGGUUGAGGGGCAGCGUAGAUGGGAAGCCGAACGGGUCAAGGUGCGGGGCGACGGCCCGAAGUUUGCGCUCGUCUUCCCCGAUUUCGAGGAUUACUUCGAGACGGUGCGCAAGCUGGCCGGGCCGGGCGAGGAUGGGCUGGGACGUCAGCUGCCGCCAUUCCGGAAAGAGUGGCUUGACGCGUUCUACGGCGGGCACGAGAGGAGGAAGAGGAUGUGGAGGAGGCUGAACGAAGAGGCGGCAGACCGAACAGAGGCGCAUGCUAAAUUGUAGGUAGGUACCUCUAGGAGGUAAAUAGCAUCGGGUACGGGCAUUGGUAGAGGGCAGACAGGUACCUAAUCCUGGCCUAUGCGCACCUAUAAUACAGCUGCUUAAAGCGUUGCAACCCGUUGCGGACGGUAGUUCCGUUUCGAGUUCACUCUGUAGUCUGAUCCCAUCUCCAGGUACCCGAGGUGCGUUCCCGCUCCCAGGCCACACGUGGCCAACCCACUAGGUACCUCCCAACCACCCGCUGA